UACAUUCUGCGCACACACGCGCACGCUCGACGGUCGCCAUUUUCCUUGCGCGUACCUUGCUCGGACGUGCGUGCGACAUAUUUUUUUUGUACUAUAAACAAUAACAAACAAAAUGGCGUCGCCGGCAGAUUACAUGAAAGCCGAAGACGACGACGACGACGAUCUGAAAUUGACUGAGCAAAUACCGGUGGAGAUGCCGUGCGAGAUCGUCGAAACCACCGUGGUUGACCAGAACGGCCGGCAAAUAGUCAUGACACCCGUCCAAGGGCUGACAAAGAACGACAACACCACUAUGCUUCUGCAGACAGGCCAUCAUCAGCACCAGCACCAGCAGCACAAUCACCACCACCAGCAUCAUCACCCUCAUUCCCAAGAUCUAGAUGAUGGCCAGCUCACUUACGUUUACGAAAGUGUCGUACCCCAAGAACUGUAUGCCCAGCCUGAAAGCCCAGGACCGUCCAGAUUUAAGAAAGAAAAUACCGAAGAUCAUUAUUUAGCACAAGUUAGUGUUCCAUCACCACCUGAUCCAUUACCGCUUAGUCGACCAAGAAAAUGGGAACAAAAACAAGUUCAAAUUCGAACAUUAGAAGGAGAAUUUUCUGUAACCAUGUGGGCUUCUGGGACAGAUGAUGAUUACAUUUUAGAAGAAGUUAGCAACCCUGAACCUGACCCUGAUCCCGAUUAUGAAGAAUAUAUGACUGAGCAGACAAUUUCUGAAGAAAUACCUCAAAUUAACCUUAGUGAUCCAAAACAACUCUCAGACUUCACAAGGCCUAGCCAUAAGUCAAAAGUGAAAAAAUCUUAUAGUUCAGAAAUGAUGGACCGCACUAUUGCUUGUCCAAACAAAAACUGCUCAAAAAUGUUCCGCGACAACUCAGCUAUGCGUAAACAUUUACAUACUCAUGGACCACGUGUUCAUGUGUGUGCAGAGUGUGGUAAGGCAUUUGUUGAGAGUUCAAAACUAAAACGUCAUCAAUUAGUACAUACUGGAGAGAAACCUUUUCAGUGUACUUUUGAAGGUUGUGGUAAGAGAUUUUCAUUAGACUUUAAUCUCAGAACACAUGUAAGGAUACAUACUGGUGACCGACCUUAUGUGUGUCCGUUUGAUGCAUGCAACAAAAAGUUUGCCCAAUCAACUAACUUGAAGUCUCAUAUUCUAACACAUGCUAAAGCGAACAGGCAUAUUUCGCGACCAAGGCCUAAUUCAAAUCGGUCAAUAAACCAGGUACAAGACGAUCUAAGUCAACAGUAUGUCAAUGUUGAUUUACCUGAUGGUGAUCAUCAGCAUUUUAUUGUUUAUGCUGAAUAAUGUAUGAUAUAUUACAGUGUAACGUGAUGAUAAUUUGUACCUCAAACCACGUGACUGAAAUCAAAACCUACUCUAAGAGAAAAAUUGUAAUGCUACAUUUUGUACAUAUCUAUUAAGUAAUAAGUAUAUUUAGAUUCAUUAAAUAACUA